CCACCCUACUCUGUUUACAUCUGUUCAUCGUUCCAAGGUCUCCGUAUUCAUCAUUCUUCCUUCACGUCCCUCGCCCCAUGAAGAGUAAUAUCAUAUGUUCGUAUUCGUAAUGUGAAAUCUGUUUUGCUUUUGUAUUUGUACACGCAUUCCAUUAUCAAUGAUCAAUGUGUAGUCUUUUUUUGUCAAGUUUAUUUAAUUUUCUUCAUUGAUACGAAUUAAUUACUUACGUUUAUUUGCCCCGGAUCUAUGUUGCGUCGAAACGUUAUUUUCUCGUAGUCGUUCGAAUUUCUACCUAUGCGAAAUCAACAACCUCCUAAAUGACCGAAAUAUCUGUUCCUGUCGUGUACGAUAUCGCUCAGCCAACCCCAGUAUCGUUGAAAGACCUAACAGCCAUUACCAUUAGCCUGGAAAUCUGGCGCAAUGAAAUACAAAAACAUCGCACGAACCGCACCAUAGAAAGAUUUAAUCCGCCCACGUUGAAAAUCUCGUCAAAAACCGUACUCCCCGAUAUACCAGUAUUGCUUUAUGAUGUUAUCGACGAAUAUGUUCCAAGAUUUGGGUGUUCAGCUUCGAAAUGGCUGUAUAGUCACUACAGGAGAAUAUUCCAGUCACAUCGCACCAAUCGAAACUCUAUUUUGGAAGUCUUCGACGAUUUCGUCGCUGAUUACGGUGGCACCAUCGACUAUGUGAGAACAGCGAAACGCAUGAUGGUUUGUGAUAGACUCAGCGAGGUGGAAAAAUUCGCUAUAGCUUGUACGUAUUUUUUCCACGACGAUAUCAGACGAAUGUGGUCGUCUGUAUGCCAGAGUUUCGACUUGAAUAAGAUGGAUUUUCUCGUAUGCCCGCAAUUGUUUUACUGGAUCUGCUUAUUCAGGAAUGAAUUGCGUAGAAUACCUGGUCAGAGGAGCGGCAGAUCUGUUGACGAAGUUAUGCUUCACCACCACAUGAUUGGGAAUAGACCAUCUGUCGAGUAUUUUUGGUACCAAACGUCUCUCAUAAAUCGAAUGAGAAAAGCCAUAGACGCUGCGACUCGUGAUAAGAAAUUAUUAGUGACGUUCGUGUUAUCAAAACUGAACGAUCAACAGCUCGAUGAAUUUGUUAAUACGAAUGGUUGUAAAUUGAUACUCAGUCUGCUAAACGAUAUUGUCCUCAACAGCUGGUUCUUUCAACCGACGUGGAAGUUUAUUAAAAAUAAAGUCAACGAAAGUACUUUCAGAUCACUGGUCAUCGAAAUGUGGACACUCGAGCUGACCUCGUCGUUUGAAGGGUGUUCGAAAGAACUCCAAAAUUGGUUGAAUUGUUGUUCAGAAAUUUGGAACAGUAUCCCAACUAAUUUGAAACAAUCGAUAGCCGAAGACAUUUUAUCCGACAGGGCAUUUUUUCAGAACAUGCCUAUGUUUACAUCUAGUAAUAGACGUUUCGUCGGAUUUUUAAUGAUUAUUCUUUCAUCGGCAACUUUUGAGCGGAGGAGCACAUUUUGGCGCAACUGUUGGCCUCAUUUGAUCAGAGGCACCCGAAGUAAAGAUUUGAUUCGAAUGAUGAAACUUUGCUUCGAAAACGAACAAGAAUUGAAGCAGUUCAGAGAUGACAUUUUUGCUGAAAAUGAAAACGUGCGGAUCUGGUGUAGCGAACUAUUACGUGUUGGGAUAUUCGACGAACUGAACGAUUUACUGGACUUUUGUUGGUCCGAAGUUGAAAUUGCGAAAAUUUACAAACAGCUGCUUUUACGAUCAACUUUCCCAUUAGAAAAUAUCCAUCUUAAUUGUCAACAUAUCGAAAGAUACGACGAAUUUAACGCAUUUAUCGACGAUACAUUCGAUAGUCAAGAUGAGGCGGCCAAUUUUAAGAAUCAAUUUAUGUCGUCGUCUGAAGUUCAAGGCAUUUUAUCGAUGUAUACCUCCGUAAGGAAUCCUUCUUUCGAAGCGCUAAUGCGAUUUGUCGAUACGUUUGUUUCGGAGCAACAAACUCUACAUGUGAUAAAAGAGCGUAUGAUUGGUGUGUUGACUGCGUUGUUCAAAAAUCCUGAGAAUAUAUAUUUCGUCGACUGUAAUGAUUUCAAAACACCUGUUUUUCACCGAUUUUUAUUAUGGUUGUUGGGAAAUGCCGAAGAAGUUGAAAGGUUUAAGGGGACUCAUUCUUUGUGUAUAGAAUUGUACCAGAGUCGAGAGAUUUCUCUGUGAAGUGCGAUGUCCUGAGGCUGCCAGUGUGUGUUCUUUUUUUCAAUAGUUCGGCAUAAAUUGAAAAUAUUACGUAAACUAUUUGGAAAUUUUCAGAAAUCGAUGAUAUCGAAUUAUUCAAGUUGAUUUAGCUUGUUAGAUUUUUAAAUACAUUCAGAUUUCUUUUGACUUAUUUUUAGCUGGUUUUUUGGAUAAUUUGCUCAAUUACACACGUAGUCAACAUAAACUGUGUGGUGAUCAGCUGAAACAUUUUUAAAAAUAUAUUUGAGAUAGGUACACCGUACAUUAAGUUUGUUUUUUACUCGUAUUAUUUAAGUAUUAUUACCUUCGUUGAUUUUUUUUUAAACAACGAAUGCAUACAGAAAUGCAUUGAUGUAACUUUUUUCAUUUUUCAAGAACAAAUAUUUCGCUCAUGUUCCUACGUAGGUUUUAAUUGAUUUAUAUACGCGAAAAAUAAAUACGUACUUUUAUUUUUAUGAC